AUGUCUGAAUUUAAGAUAGUAUCAAGAAAAGAUCUUUAUAAUGAAGGAGAGGGAUUAGGAGAAGAUUAUGAUUCCAAUAGUAGUAGUAAAAAUAAUAGUGAGCAUGUAGAGGUAUUAGUACCGCCAACAGAAUUUGAAUUCGUUGAAGUUGAAAGAACCGACUCAUCAUUAGAUCUCAAAGAAAGUAAUAACAGCGCACAUGAACAAAAGGAAGAAAAACAAGAAGAAUUCGAGUUCCCGUUAUUUUCGUUUGGUGUGGUUGAAGCAUCGACUAGCCCAGCUCAAGAAGAACAAGGUUCAUCAACUCAAGAGAAGGAUACGCCACAGACUGAAGUAAGUUUGAUGAAAAUUUCAUUGAAGGAACCUGAAGAAGAAAUAAUCAACCAAGAAAGGCCCAAAGACUACUACUUUGCAAGCUAUUCUGCAGACCAAAAGCUGCAAUUCCAACAGAGCUCUAUCGACUAUGAUGUGAUAAUACAAGAAAGUACAAAAAUUCUGGAGGAUGAUCUACGUAUUCGUGAUAAAUGGCCAUAUUGCCAGGGUCGAAUAAUAGAUCUGUAUAAGCACAAUGCGAGAAUAGAGUUAGAGCAGCAGAAGGAAUUGAAGAUUAAAAAGAGGAGACCUGGUCAAAAGCAACGUGCAGCCAAAAAACUGGCACUUGAAAGAACCAAGGAGCGUGAUACCAAAGCUCGUGAGAUAAAGAAACAGUUGAAGAAAAAGUUUCAUAAGCGUGGUGGAAAGAAAAACAAAAAAAAGGUACCUUUGAACCCACUGGCAAAAGCUGGCAGUACCCCUAAGUUUAGGACAGAAUGA